UUAUUUCCCCUCUCCCUCCCUUCGAAAGGCUGCAGUUGUCCACAGUCUGUCCUGUUGUUCACACACUUACUGCAGCUCACUUUUUAUUUUUAUUCUUUAUACUUUGAACUGUUUAAAGAUAGCUUUUUAUUUUCACUUUAACCAGAAGCCAGGACAUUUUUCUGCUUGAGGAAGGAGUCAGCGGUUCCAGUCGCGAAUUCACUCAUCCAUGGAUCCUUCAAGCAAACACCAGAGAUAGAAGUUAUUCAAAAUUCAUCAAGAGGACAUGCUGACAGAGAGAAAUGAAGGGGAGAAAAAUUAAGUAGCUUUCACAAGGAAGGCACUCUUCUGAACUUGUUCACGGGGCUUAUUCUCUUUGACCUCAGUAUAAACCAGGGAUUAUCCGUAUUCCUUAUAGUUUUUGGUGAAAAGCCAGUGCUUGUUUUGCCUCGGGUAGACUCGAAAGAGGAUUGGAAAGGAAACUAGCUCCUCAUUCCCUCUGAGAGAGCUUUUGCAUAUUUCCUCUGGCGAAGAACUUGAAACGAUUAAAAGCCGUUCUUUAAUUUAUUUGGAGUGACUUCAAGUGAAGGAAAAAAAAACAUGGCUUGUUGGUGUUUAUCCAUGUAAUGGAUUUGGAUCUCUUCUACAGAGUAUCUCAGGCUCAUCCUGUUUAUUUACCUGGAUCUAACACAUCAAAAGUUCCGAGAACAUAUAGAUGAUCUCCAUUUUUCUCAUGCAAUGGAUGUUCGGAAAAGAGCGAAGGUGAACCAGGCAGGGAGCAGCCUGGGGAUUUUGCCACCCGGAUCAUCUGGAGAGAGAUGCAGCAGUGGCAAGAGGACGGAGCCAGCAAGGAUUAGAGAAGGAGUUUUCCCGCUUGGACGAUCCGGUUCUUUUUCCGGUUCAUACCUUCCGCGCCGGUGGCCUUGGCAACGGUGUGUUUCCAUGGCAGCAGGGCUGUUCCUAGCGGUGCUGCUGGCCGUGGCUCAGGCCUGGUGUGUCAACGCCAUACACGAGAAUCUGCUGUGGUUCUCUCAGCUCACGGAAGUGGAGAGGGAGAUCUCCUUCCGGACGGAAUGUGGACUCUACUAUUCGUACUACAAGCAAAUGUUGCAGGCUCCAUCCAUACAGGAAGGGCUGUCAGAACUGAUCCAUGACAACUUGACAGAAUCAAAGAGGACCAUCAAUCUUUUACAGCGGAUGAAUAUCUACCAAGAGGUGUUUCUCAGUGUUCUGUACAGACUGCUGCCCUUACAGGCGUAUCUGGAGCCCGUGUAUUUCUACAUUUACACAGUGUUCUCUCUCCAAGCCGUGUAUGUGAUCGCUCUGUACCUCACAGCAUGGCUCCUGGCUGGUUCCUGGCUGGCUGGGUUACUGACUGGAGUCUGGUACAUUCUUAAUAGGGUGGAUACCACUCGGGUAGAGUUCACCAUCUCCCUCAGGGAGAACUGGUCCUUGCCCUUCUUUGCCCUGCAGGUUACUGCUGUCACUUGCUACCUCAGGCCUCAGCUCAGCCCCUUGCAGCAGAAAGUGAUGGUGUGGCUGAUGUACGUGACCACAUGUUGCUUCUGUCUGACGUGGCAGUUCAACCAGUUCAUCCUACUGGUUCAAGCUCUCAUUGUUUACAUCCUGGACAUCGUCGACCUCUUGACGACAACGCAGGUGACCACCCUGUACCUGGUUCAGGUGAGCGGUCUGCUGAGCGUUUGGCUGCUGCAGUUCUGUAACUCCAUGAUCCUGGGAUCGCUGGUGCUCAGCUUCAUUGUUGCAGCGCUCUUCAUCAGACACUGCCAGCCUGAUUUGAAGACUGGAGGCCUGCUGGUUCGUCUGGCCAAAGUUCUCCUCCACAGCAUCCUUGUUCUCCUGCUCGCCUUCAUCAUCAACUCCUUGACUAAGAAAGCGCUUCAGCUCAGAUCAGACGAGCACAUUUUUAAAUUCAUCAAGUCAAAGUUUGCCUUGGGGCCGACGAGGGACUUUGAUGCCAGUCUGUAUCUGUGUGAGGAGGCCUUCGGGCUGCUGCCACUGGACACUCUGGAGCGCCUGGCUGGCACCCUGCUGCUGUACCCAUACGUCCCCACUGUCCUGCUGCUCAGUGGCAUGCUGGCAGUGGCGGUGCUGCACAACCUCAGGCCUAAAGGAAGUUGGGAGGAAGAGAAGAGAGCAGCUGCGGGGGGACAGGUGGAUGCUUUCCGGCCAGAUGUGGCCUACAACCUGCUGCACUCUGUGCUCUACGGCCUCCUGGCUUUCAGCACCAUGAGAAUGAAAUACAUUUGGACAGGCCACAUGUGUGCGGUCGCGGCGUAUGGUGUGUGUGGGACCGACCUGUGGACUCUGCUUCUCAAAGCUCUCCGCUGCAACACUAAAGUUCUGCUGCGGUUUAUCAGAUAUGCAGUUCCAGUGCUGAUGAUUGGCUGGCUGUAUUAUAAGUUCUGGCCUAAGCUGAUGGAGGAGCUAUCAGAGCUCAGGGAGUUCUAUGAUCCAGACACAGUGGAGCUGAUGACCUGGAUUAGCACAAAGACCCCGAAGCAGGCAGUGUUUGCUGGAAGCAUGCAGCUCCUGGCCGGCAUCAAGCUGUGCACAGGCAGAGUUCUCACCAACCACCCACAUUAUGAAGAUAAAGACCUGCGGGAACGGACCAGACAGGUGUAUCAGGUGUAUGCUCGGCGGUCCCCAGAGGAAGUGUAUGACAUCCUGAGGGCGGUGGGGGCCGACUACGUGGUUCUGGAGAACAGCAUCUGCUAUGAGCGGAGGCACCGGAGGGGCUGCAGACUGCGGGACCUGCUGGACCUGGCCAACGGACAUGUGCGGCUUUCUGAGAUCAUGGACGGACCAGGUGAGAAUGAGGCGGACCUCGUCCCCGCCUCCCACCCUCGCUUCUGCGAGGCCAUCAAGACGGACGCCGCGGCUUACACCGCUCUGUUCACCAGCACAUUCCAGAACAAAACCUUCUACGUCUACAGGCUCAAGAAGAAGCGUAAGAAAAGCGGCAAAGCGUCCUCCGAGCCCGGCGUGAAGCAGUAGCGGGACCAGAAAACACCCGACCAGAGGGAGCCCCCUCCCGACUGUACAGAGCUGUGAUCGUGACUUUUAUUUUGACGUUGCUUUGUUCUUCGCUAAGCAUGACUCCAUGAAGUGUGGCGUCAACGCAGCGGGCCACUGAAGUCCAGAAGUUGCACUUUUGCUGUUAGCAGAGAGCUGAAGCAACUCUUAAAAAUGCUGCUGUUUGCUACUGAGAUCAUGUUUGUCUAAGAAAACAGAAAUUAUGAAAACAAAUGAAGAGUUUCUAUAUGACCACAAUAGAGCCCUGAAAGUCAAAACAUCAGGCAGUUAGGAUUUAUUUGAAGAUGGAUAGCUGAAGCAAUAUAAAAUAGAAGUAAAAAAAAAUAUGCAGGGUUUAACAAUUAGUUUUGUGGUAAUAGAAUAGAUUUGGCUACUUAUUCAGAAAUUCGAUAAAGGAAAUUUUUUGGUUUAUUAGUUUCUUAGUUUGUGGAUCUGAGAUUUUAGAUAUUUUCUAAGGCAGCAAAGUGUUUCCACCAAGAACUGAAUCAUUCCAGGCCGUUCUCUGCCCGCCACUCAUCUCAGAUGAUGUUGCCAUGUUCUACAAAGUGUCAAUGCUUACAUUAUGAAUCUCUGAUUGUAUGAGAUGAAGUGUUUCUGGAUGUUUUUCACCAUAUCAGUUCAUCUAAGCAAUCUGCCUCUGUGUACAGCAGACCUGCUCACACCUAACAUCAGCAAAAACAUCAACCAGCUCUGUGAAUUAUUUAUUUUUAGAGACUAAUCUCUACCGUACUAAGUUUCGAGGACUUUUCAAGCUGCCAAUGUAUCAUGUAUAAACGCCUACCCCCUGUCACCUAGCAACAAUGACUCAAGCUGGGGAAAUGUUUUUCCUGUUCAAUUAAAUUAUUAAAUAGCAUUUUUAUUAUUUUCUCUUCUGUUGCAAAAUCAAAUGACAUAAACCUAACAAUACAAUCGCUUUAAUCUUUCAUAUUUUAAAUCACCAGAUUUUAAUAUACUUUCAUAUAAAACUGUACUCCUUCAUAUAAAACUGUACUCCUCUAUUGCACUUCCACUUUAUCCGCCGUUGUUUCAAGAAUUAAAAUCUGUUUGGUCUGUGGAGAGGAAAAGAUACUCCAGACCCGUCCAUCAAAUUCGGGGGGAAAAGUAUGGAUUUGGAGGAGCCUUUGAAUUCGGACAGAUUUCGUUGCUUCGCUGUUACCUAUUCAGCCUUCAAAGGUGGACUUCGAAGGUUGCAGCCCUUAAAUUUGGACGUUUCACAAGGUGCAUUUUAGGGUCAAGGUUUCACUGAAAAGGGACAUGACAACAUUUGUUUCAAAACAAAUUGACGGCACACACGAAGGCAGAGUUUUAACUCUGGUAGCUAAGCUAACUGGGAUCAUGCUAGCUACCUUAAAGAUGUAAUUUAAAGUUUACCCAUCAAUAAAGUCAGACAUAAACCUCUUUGAGAGUGAAGUUCUCACCUUAAAAAGUCAACAAAAAAAAUUCACCAGCACUUCUGUCAAAUUCCAACUUGCAAAAUGUCGACAGUUCAACUGGAAACUGUUUUAUCACCACUAGUGUCAAAUUCACUCUUUAAAUACGGAGACACUUUCCUAAGCUCAGCCUCUGGCAGCCAAUCGACGUAUUGAUUAAAAUAUUUCACAGCAAAACUGGAAACUACUAAAAACAGAUUUGACAUCUGAUGGUGAAACUUCAGCAGCAGCAAUACUCACAGAUAUAAUAUGCCAGAGGAACAGAUAUCAAGUUUACAUGAAAACAUUUCUUAAGGUAAAAUCCACCAAAGUAUUUAUCUUUGUGUAUUGUUUUUUUUUUUGGAUUGCUGAUAAUACAGUAGCACAAUUUUAUUUGAACAAAUUACCUUUCAUUUAUUUUUAAUUGUUUUCUUUUUGUUCAGAAUGGGCAACAUUGCCAAAUUAAAUACAUCAGUAUACAUUAAGCAACACAUUGCAACUGCUGCGACACUAAAAUAUUUUAAUGACUAAAAUAUUUUUUCUUCCUGUCUGCUGGGAGAAAAAAAAAUGAACCUCUGUGGGAACAACUUAUUUGUCCAAAAAGCAAACAUUGAGGAUAAUUAUUCUUUUUUUUUUUGGUCACACAUCUGAGGUCAGAGCAGCUUCUUGGUGAUAUUUGUGUCGCCUUUGUUGUUGUGAUUGCUGUCAUGUUUCUCUUUGCGACUCGUCAGCGGCAGCCUCAACCUUUUCACUGCCGUCGCUCCUGCAUACAAACACGCAUGAAUAAUGGAAGCUGUGAGGAAAUUGCAGCAGGCUGACAACCGCACUGAUUCCUCCCCGCAAUUUCCAAAAUAAUUCGGAGGGUUUGCCGAGGUAUGGCAAACACUCUCACAUGAAACCCAGGAGCAGGAGGAAGGUGGAAAAACUGACUCACGUUAGAGAAAAGUAGAGAAAUGAGAGCAGAUCCAUAAUGAUCUAAAGCCUUAUUGCCUUUAUCCUCUCGGCUUAAGGAAUGGUUCUGAUUGAAACAGAGAUGUAGAUGCCAGUCAGACAAGGCGCUGGAGUGUGUAUGUGUGUGUCUCCUCACACACCAGCUUUCCACUAUUUGUGUGCAUGUUAAUAGGAUCGUCGCUCUUUGAUAAUUUACACCCUCCUGCUUUUGAAAACGUGUCGUUCGUUAACUCCCGUCGUAAUGCAUACCAAUCGGAUCGGCGGCGCUUGUUCUUCGUCUGUCCUGCCUUCAUGCUGGAUGUUUAAUUAAGUAGAUGCCGGAUCGCUUUAUUUGAGAGGAAAGUGAUUCCAUUAUGUUUGCUUAAUAGGAGUGUACUAAUGUAAUAUUUUUCCAGCACUAGUCAUUUCCAUACAUAUUGGGAUUGGCGGUUCUGCUGUCGGGGCCCCUGGUGUUCUGUAACAGACAGGAUGAUUCCUGCUGAAGAACAACAGAGGAGCUCAAGCAGUUUUCUGGCUGUUUGCUCCAGAAUCAGGUGUUUUAAUGUGGAUUUGAAAAGAGCAACAAGGUCAGUGAGCUGCUGGAUGAUGAUGCUCAGCACGGCUGACACGUCAGGGGCAGAAACUCAUGAAACACUAGAAUAUAUUUUUGAAAUGGCAAAUUUAAUUUUCAGCUGGAGUGUUGUUUUUUUUUCUGUAUGAUUUGGGUUGUGCUCCUGCUCCAGAAUUAAUUAUAUUCUGAGUUUGUUUUGAGCAUCAAACAUAAAGUUCACUGGUGAUGUUUUCAUGUAUCUAAACACGAGUACAGAUACAUACUGUCAGAUGUUUUAGCAUCUCAUUGGCCAACUUGAUCAGGGCUUUGCUAAGGUAUUUAUUCCGUUUAAACAAACAUUUUUCUGUUUAAAUCAUGAAAGUUAAUGCCAACACAAAGUCGUGUAUAAUUCAGAGAUGGACUGAAAACAAAACAAGGUUUCAACAUUUUGUAAAGAAAAAUUACAAAUUUUAACUCAUAAGGGAUUAGAUACAGAUUCUCAUAUUGAUUUAUGUCUGGACUUUGACUAGGCCACUCUGUUUGAUUAGCGCUGGCUGCAUGUUUAGGGUCGUCAUGCUGAAAGGUCCAUUUAAACUUGAGCAGCACAAGCAAAUGUGGUGGAUUAGCAGAGCUUUCCAACAACUGAUGGUGAGUCAGGAGAGGUUACUGUGGAAUGCUGCUAGUUGAGCUGUUAGCAUGUUACCCUAUUGAGCUGCUAGCAUGUUAUCCUGUUGAGCUGCUAGCAUGUCAUGACAGUCAUGAGAUAGUCUUUAGUCAGAGGCUUCUUGAGAGUUGUUGAAAGACUGACUGCUACUGGAAAUCCUUCCUGUCCACAUCAUCACCAAAUAAUUGAUGAGUUCUGACGACAUUUAAGUUUCCUUUGGGAUAAAUAAAGCUUUUUAAUUGAAUGAGUCAUGAGACAAAAUGGCCACCAUAUAUCGUUUUCUUUACGCUGCAACAUGACUUUGUGUCGGUGUGUCACAUAGAAUCUUGAUAAAAUAAAUGAACUCUGUUAUAAAAGGCUUAGAAAAAAAUGAAUUCAUAAAUUCACAAGGAGCUACAGAGCUCUUCACCUUCAUUACAUAUGUUUGCUGUUUCCCCUGUGAUGUGAUCAUGUAGUGUGGUGAUAAAUAUGAAAAUGUAAAAAAGAGCAUGUGUAAGACGUUGGUCUUUGUCUCUUGGACACAUUUAGUACAAACACUGCAGGAAACUUUAAGGAAACAUAACUCGGGACGUCCUCAGAAUGUAUGGACUGUAAUGACAACAUGGCGAAUGUUCAGUCCUGGAUUCACUCGGCUCAUAUGAAGCCAGUACUGCAGAAGUGGGUCAGUUGACUCUGCCAGUUCUCGUGCCAAACCCAUUGUUACCGGAGGAAUCUGUUAUUUUUUACAUGUUAUAUUAAACGCAUCUAUGUUCCGAAAAACUUUGCUCAAUAAAAGUGCUCUCCGCCGCC